AUGGUUGCUCCUACCCUCCUAGAUUGCUGGCAUGUGCGCGAUCUACAAAGAUUUCGCGCUGUACUCAAAGGCAGCCCGCCAGACAAGUCCACCGGCACCCAAGUGAGCGCCAAUGGCUCGUAUGGGGCAGGCUCGAGCGCCUUCUCAAAGUCACCGCACACCUACAAGGAGCAUUCGGGGCCAUGCCCACCCGCCGAAGUCAAUCGCCGUGACCAUCUCGGCCGCUCAGUGCUACAUCUCCUCGCUUCUAGCACAGAACCAUCGGCUAUCACCUAUCUCAACGCUCUCUUGUCGCAUCCAAGUGUCAACGUCAAUCUGCAAGAUGGAGAGAGCGGAUACACGCCAUUACACAGAGCUCUCUACGCCGCCAACCUGCAGAUUGCCAUCAUCCUCUUGCGCAGAAACGAUCUCGAUCUGCGCGUCAAGGACUUUGAAGGUCUCACCGCCUUUGAUCUGUACAACUCGACCGUUGCCGGAACAAAUCCUGCCGCAGAUGCUCUGUCUUUCGAACCCUCUCGCAACCAGCAUUCCCGCACUUUGACACAACUCUUCACAUGGGGCUCUAACCGCAACUACAAUCUCGGCCUCGGCGAUGGUGAUGAUCGUCAGCUGCCCGACAAGAUCACCCUUCGUCGACCUGCAAACGCCGGCAACGCAGGCAACUCCGUCCAAAAUGCAUUCAGAGCUUCCUUGCCCGCGGGCAAAAAGUUUGACCGCAUUGGUAUCAAGGAUGUUGCCAUGAGUCGUCUGCAUACCGUUAUCUUGACCGACGAACAGGUGGCCAACGUUUGGGUCUGCGGUCUUGGCAGCAAUGGACGCCUGGGAAGGUCGCCACAGACGCAAACCUCCUUUGAGCCGCUCAAGGAUUUCAACGAGACCGCACGCUCCGUCGCCGUUGCUCAAGAUCACACCCUCAUCAUCACAGCGUCCGGGGCAGUCUACUCAUUUGGCCUCAACCGAUUUUCGCAGCUCGGAUACACAAUAGAACAAGGUCUCGGCACCGUUGGCUCGACAUCGGGCAAAUUCGGAGGUGGAGCCGGUGUCACGUUUGGCCAGCCUGCCAUCUCUGCACAGAAUGUGGAGCUUGACAUCCAGAUCUCUCCUAGACGAAUCGCCGGCCCGCUCAAGAAGGAAGUGGUUCUUGGCGCAGCAUGUAGCAAGCUGCACUCGGCGGUGUUCACCUCCGAGGGCCUCUAUACAUGGGGAACCAACACCGGCCAGCUUGGCUACGACAGGAGCGGAACAGCAGUGCAAGUACAACCACGCAAGGUCACUGCUCUCGCCGCAGGAGCGGGCAUCCAACAGGUCGCCGCUUCUGACUAUGGCACCGCUUGCCUGAUGGAAGGUGGCGACGUCUUUGUUUGGCACAAUGACACCCAUUUUCGCAUCAACUUUCCCCUCGCCCGCUUUUCCAGCAGCAUUUCAGUGUUCAGGCCCAGGCAGGUGCAGCCCAAGACGCUCAUCUCCAAGCUUUCCAGCAGCGGCAACACUUUCUCGGCUCUGAGUGACAUGGGCGAUCUGUUCACCUUCAACCUCGAGCAUCCCUCCGAGUACGGCAGCGCCGGUAACACCGGCAGAGCUGCUGCAUCGGCUUCCUCCGCCGCCAAAUCCUCAGCAGCGCAAUUGGCGCCAAAGCCGCAGCUGCUCUGGUCGGUCCGGAAGAGAUUCACAGCCGUGCGCGAUGUCGCGAUCGGCGCCGAUGGCUCUGUCAUCCUGUGCACCGAGAGCGGCCACUGUUUUGUUCGUCCCCGUAGGAGUGAUGCAGGAGGCAAAGGCGGAGGAGGCAAAAAUUUCAAGUUUCAGCAGAUCCCCUACCUCCAACGCGUCGUCAAGGUCGCCACAAGCGAGAGCGGUGCGCUUGCUGCCAUCAAGGCCGACCCCAGCUUGCCCGAUGUACGGGUCAAAGGGAGGGCUGUCGAGGAGGCCCUCCGCGAUCUGCUUCCUCACCUCAAGGUACAGACGCUGAGCCAAGAUGGUGAAAAGGAAAAAGGCAUCGCAUCCGAGGUCGUCGAGAUUACGGACAUUCGCGACGCGAUCGAGUCCGAUGGCGAAUCAGACGACGAACAUGCCGAGAAAGCGCAUGCUAGGACGGGCACGGGAAAGUACGCCAAGAUGGCGCUGCUGAUUCUCGAAGCUGCAAAACGCUGGGUUGCCGGUCGCAUUGUGUCUGGAAUGGCUGCUGACGAAGCUGAGGCGGACUUGAAUAGUGAGGCCGCAUCCUUGCAAGCACAGCCGGCCUCUGGACCGGGAAGGCGGCAGGCUUUCUACGGUCCUCACAAUCUAUCGCCUCCCUUCGGCUGCGACGCAUUCUUGAUUGCCGAUGGACAUUACCUGCCCGUGCACAAGCUCGUCCUAGGAGCACGGAUCCCCUCGCUGCAAAAGGCCUUGUUGAUUCCCAGUGCGAAGGAAGAUCUACCUGCAGGCAUCAAGAUCACAGCGGCCGGCCCGAGCAAGCGCAUCUCCAUCGUGACGCUGUCGAAUUGCAGCUUCGUCUCGGCGCUAUUCUUGCUGCACUACAUCUACUCAGACGAUCUUCCGCCAAUAUGGGUGCCCAGCGUGGGCCUGGUCAUCGACAAGGAACUCAAGGCAGCGAAAGCAGACCGUCAGCGCAUCCAAGAUGAACUGCACAACAUCUCGGAGCGCCUCGGUCUCACUGCAUUAGCCGCCAGCGUCAAAGCUAGCAUGCCGCGUCCACCAGAGCCAACACUUCGUGCAAAUAUGUCUGACCUUUUCAGGUCGUACGUCGACGUCGACGUUGAUGCAAAAGAGAGCAGGAGCUUCAACGACGUCGUACUCCGUUUCGAAGACCGUACUGUGCCCGCUCAUUCGGUCAUCCUACGCCGGUCGCCCUUCUUUGCUGCCCUGUUCCAGCCGCACUGGACCGCGGCGCGUUGGGACAGCAACAAUGUCAUCGCCCUCGAUAUGAAGCACUUGCGCUGGGAGGUGGCUCGCAUCGUGCUCAUGCAUCUCUACACGGACGAUGGCGAGACGCUCUUUGCUGGAUGCGACGCUGAUCGGUCAUUGGAACAGUACAUGGACUUUUUGGUGGAAGUCAUGGCGGCCGCCAACGAGUUACUGCUCGAUAAGCUCAAGCUGGUGGUCAGCUCGUUGUUGCGCAAGCGCAUUCUUGCCCACACCGUCGGCGCCGUCAUGACCGAGGCAGACUUUUACAAGGCCGAUCAACUCAAGGAUAUCACUAUGGAUUACAGUACCAAGAGCAUGGAGGCUCUGCUGGAGGGUGGUCGUCUCAACGAGCUCGACAACGGCAUGAUCCGAGCCUUGACUGUCUAUGUUCGACAGAAGCAGGACGAGAAGCUGCAUCGCAGCUUUGCUGAGGACCGUCUCGCUGCUUUGGUCGAGAAGCAUCGAGAGUUUUACGAUGACCUUGAUAUCCCACCGCCCAGCUUGCACCUUGUGGUCAACAAGGUCCGUCCCAGGAAGGGCUCAGGGGUACCUGGUGUAAAAUCUCCAUCUCUGCUGGCGCAAGACUCCAACAGACGCCAAUCCACCGCGCGGUUCCGCGUUUCGUCUCCCGCCAGUCCUGAUGUCCUGCGACCCGUUGGUGCAGGUAUCUCGCAGCGGGUGAUGCCCGACGACGCCUCCGAAGUCUUUUCUAUGGAUGAAGAUGAGUAUGUAGCAUCGCCAAGGAGAGAUUCGAACGUUCGCGCGCAAGGUUCGCCGUGGGCUUCCUUGUCGCAGGUAGCCCAUCUCAGUCUCGACGAUGCAGCGGACAAGGGUUCUCCGUCGCGACCGUGGAAGUCCCGCACUGUCGAAGCGGAAAGGAAGCAAGCGCUGUCGGAUGCAACUGCCUCGCCGGCGCUGCGGCCUGUCGACGGACCCAACGACCUUCGCAGCAUCAUGGCUUUGGAACAGCAGCGUCAGCAGCAGACAACUGCACCGCCUCACCUUUCGAAUGCGACGACGCCGAGUGGUUCGGGCACAUCGACGCCUGUCCACAAGUCUGUCACGCCAGGUUUCGAGCUUUCGCCCAUUAGUAUCGCCGGCACGCGUUUGUCUCAGAAGGAGCGAAAGCGGCAGCAGCAAGAAGCCGGUCUUGCCGCUGCAGCGGCGGCGGCUCAGCCGGUUCCUGGACGCAGUAGCAGCGUUUCGUCACCUUGGAAGUCGGCUGCCUCUGGCUCUUCUCCACCAGACAAAGCCGCUGCCUCCUCACCGUGGAGUAUGAAGGCGGCUGCAACAACGGCUCUGGCGCUGGGAACCUCGCACGAGGGCACGCCGCCUUUGGCGUCCACACUCGGCAGUCGACGUCCUUCAGCUGCACCUUUACAGCCUGGCACCAACGGACAAGGCUCUCGUCUUUCGGUUUCAGACGCCAGCCCCUCGCCCGCCAACAGUAUGGGCCCGACGUAUACGCCGAUGCGGAUGGCGUCCAAGACCAUACCGAAGCGAACAAACACCAACGAGCCGGCGUGGUCGACUCCUGCUGCGGCUCCAUCCUCGGGCGGCUUUGGCACGUCGCCGUCGAUGAUUCCGCCUUUAACUGGGGCACGUACAUCCCGACCUGAAGGUCAGCGAGGGCCUUCGUCGAACCUGUCGCGGUCACUUCUGAACGCAGAUGCUCCAAGCGCGAGCGCGCCGCGAUCCUCUUUGGAUGUCUCUCGCUCCGAACGCGCGGCCACACCAGCUUCUCCCGCACAGCUGACAUUUGCUCAGAUCCAAGAGCAGCAACGACUGGCGAUCGAAGCAGAACAAGAGACGAUCCGGCAGGCGUCUGCUGCGCGGAGGAGCUUCCUCGACAUUCAAGAGGAGGAGCGUCAAGCAGAGGAGCGUCGUAGAGAGGAAGAGAAGCAGGCGAAGGAGUUCGAAAAGUGGUUUGCAGAGGAAUCGAAACGGUUGCAGAAGGAGAAAAAGGCGGGCAAGAGUGGUGGCCCUGGUGCUUCUGGUGGCGGCAGCGGCAAAGGGAAAGGGGGGCAGAAGAAGCAAACCAAGCAACCUCAGCAGCAGCACCAACAGUCUUCAGGCUCGAAAGAGAAAGCUCCGUCUUCGGCAAAGACGGGCCAGGAUCCGCCGCGGCCAAGUUCGGCCAAUGGCAAUGUGGCCAAAGUGAAGAAUUCGAAAUCGCAAGAAGGAGGCAAGAAGGGCGGAGCGAAUAAAGCGAGUGGCAAGCAGGCCAACGCCGACGGCACACAUAGCAAGAACAGUGGACAGCAGCGUCGCGAUGCUUCCAAUGGCGCCGAGCCUCACAACAAGCCCUCAUCGAAAAGCACCGACAAGGCCCUCAACACGAGUCAAAGUCGAGCGAGCGACAUUACAGCUGCAGUACCUCUGCAGCACAGCUUGCCGGCAAAGCCGACAGCGGCCGCGACUGCAGCCGCCAAUCUUUCUGCAGCCGCACCCACAUUCACCCCGCGUCAACCAUAG